AUGACUGAUGUUGACAUGGGAGGUGUCCCAACAAUCGACAACGGCAUUUCCCACGCCGGCACAAAAAGGAAAGCCGAAGGCGACCCCGAUGAAAGCAGUGCCCCCCGAAGAAUAAAGGCACUUGACCCCAAUGUUGUCAAUAAGAUCGCCGCCGGCGAGAUCAUUGUGGCUCCUGUCCAUGCUCUCAAGGAGCUCAUUGAGAACGCCGUCGAUGCGGGCGCUACCUCCUUGGACGUGAUGGCCAAGGAUGGAGGCCUGAAGCUCCUCCAGAUCACCGACAAUGGCUGCGGAAUCCAGAAAGAUGAUUUGGCAAUUCUCUGCGAGCGCCACACCACCUCAAAGAUCAGCACUUUUGAGGACUUGUCCUCGAUUGAAACGUAUGGAUUCAGAGGCGAGGCUUUGGCCAGCAUCAGCCACAUUGCCCACCUGUCUGUCACCACCAAGACCAAGGACUCUGACCUCGCCUGGCGGGCUCACUACCUCGACGGUAGACUGACUGCCCCAAAGCCUGGUCAGUCGGCCGAGCCAAGAGGUGUGGCGGGUCGUCCGGGCACUCAAAUCACGGUUGAAGACCUGUUUUACAAUGUGCCCACCCGCAGAAGGGCCUUCCGCUCUACUGCUGACGAGUUCAACAAGAUUAUUGAUAUGGUUGGUCGAUACGCCGUGCACUGCAAGGGCGUUGGCUUCACCUGCAAGAAGGCAGGCGAGGCAUCGACUAGUUUGUCAGUACAGGCCCACGCCACUGUCAUUGACCGCAUUCGCCAGAUUCACGGUAGCAGUGUGGCGAAUGAGCUCCUGGAGUUUGCGACUUCAGAAGAGCGCUGGGGUUUCAAGGCCGAGGGCUACGCGACCAAUGCAAACUAUUCUGUCAAGAAGACGACGUUACUCCUCUUCAUCAAUCAUCGAUGUGUCGAAUCAACGCAUAUCAAGAAGGCAGUGGAGCAGACGUAUAGCAAUUUCUUGCCCAAGAAUGGCCACCCGUUCAUCUAUUUGAGCCUCGAGAUCGACCCGGCUCGGGUAGACGUCAAUGUCCAUCCCACCAAGAAGGAAGUACACUUCCUCAAUGAGGAUGAGAUCAUCCAGGCCAUCUGCGAGCAUAUCGAGUCGAAGUUGGCUGCUGUUGAUACUAGCCGGACCUUUAUGACGCAGACUCUCCUUCCCGGUGCAAAGCCUGUUGAAUCAACACCACAGACCGAGGCCGACGGGACCCCUAGCCGAAGAACACCGGCAACGAAAAGAGCUAGAAGAAACUCGAAUGACCUGGUUAGAACCGAUACUGCCGAACGGAAGAUUACAUCCAUGUUUGUUAGGACUGGCCCGAGCGAGUCUACGGCGUCGAACGAUCAUGCAGGAGAUACAUCUGUGGCACCCGAAGCUCUGGAAUAUGAGAUGGUGGAUCGAGAGACGGUCCAAUGCCGACUCAACAGUAUAAAGCAGUUGAGGCACGAUGUCAGAGAAGACAUGCAUAAUGAGUUGACAGAGAUCUUUUCCUCUCAUACCUUUGUUGGUAUCGUUGACGACCAGCGUCGACUCGCGGCGAUCCAAGGAGACGUCAAGUUAUAUCUGAUCGACUACGGCCGGACAUGUUUCGAAUACUUUUAUCAACUUGGCUUGACAGACUUUGGUAACUUUGGCACCAUCAGAUUUGGCCCUGCACUGGAUCUCCGUGAGCUGCUUCGAAUGGCAGCUCAGACGGAGAAGAACGCCAUUGCCUCGCCUGAUGAGGACUUUGACGUUGAAACCCUGGUCAACCGUGUGGCAGAUCAGCUCAUUGAGCGUCGCGAAAUGCUGCUCGAGUACUUUUCUCUGGAGAUUUCCCCUGCUGGCGAACUUGUCUCAUUGCCGCUUCUCAUUAAGGGUUAUACUCCACCCCUGGUCAAACUCCCUCGCUUUCUCCUCCGUCUUGGCCCUGCUGUCGAUUGGACCGAGGAGAAGGCGUGUUUUGAAACCUUUCUGCGUGAAUUGGCCACUUUCUACGUACCGGAAUCGUUGCCAGCACUGCCGGGCGAUCCAGAAAGCCUUCGCGAGGAGGAAAUUGACGAAGAUUUACGUGCUCGACGGCAGCAUGUGAGGCACGCCGUACAGCACGUUUUCUUUCCGGCGUUCAAGGCGAGACUGGUGGCGACCAAAUCACUCAUGCAAGAUGGAGUGCUGGAGGUUGCAAGUUUGAAGGGUUUAUAUCGGGUGUUUGAACGGUGCUGA